AUGAACGCCCCAAUGCAGCCCAACUACGCGAGGGGCUAUCCUCAGACCGCUCAGCGGUCUCCAGCCACGCCCCGUCGGCCCCCGGGACCAGCUGGCGCGAUGCCUGUUCCAAUGCCCCAGCACGCUGUCAACCCACAAUACAUGCCUGCGCAGCGUGCGAUGCCUCAUCCUAACGAUGCGUCUCUCCGCCGCAGCCGCAAGCCGACAGACAAGAACAUUCCCGAUGGGAUCGAAGAAGUGGUUAUCGGGGAGGGCGUCGAACAAUACAAGAGCUUGCGCGAUCUUGAGAAGCGACUGGAUGCCGCGAUCGUUCGCAAGCGAUUGGAUAUUCAGGAUUCUAUCAGCAAGACGAUGAAGAAAUACCGCACUAUGCGCAUCUGGAUCACCAACACUGUUGAAAACCAGCCCUGGCAAGAGGUCGGCAGCAACCCCGGUUCUGGCCGUUAUAAAGUGCGCAUCGAAGGCCGACUUCUCGACGACAAUAAUGAUCCGACUGUUCCAGAAAAUGAAGACGAGAAUGACCAGAGCAAAACCGAUGGCGAUGCUAUGGAUCAAGAUAAGGAGGGGGAAAGCAAGAAAUCGGUGCCAAAGAAGCAAUUUCAGCGUUUCUCGCAUUUCUUCAAAACGAUUACUGUCGAUUUUGACAAGCCAGCGAAUGCUGUUCCAGAUGAAGUGAAGCCGGUUAACUGGAACAAGCCCCAGUUGCCGCCCAACACGACUUCGGCCCCCCCAGCUGCCGAGUUUGAUAGCCUACAAUUCUCGCGCAGUUCCCAGGAAAAUAUGAAUGUCACCAUCAGCUUGGUACGGGACGAGACACCCGAAAGGUACAAGUUAAGUAAGGAGCUUGCCGAAGUCCUUGAUGUCGAGGAGGAGACCCGUAGCGGGAUCGUUCUCGGAAUCUGGGAUUACAUCCGCGCAAUGGAGCUGCAAGAAGACGAAGAAAAGCGGCAGGUGCGCUGCGACCAUCGCCUGCGUUCGAUCUUUGGUCGAGAGCAAAUGUUCUUCCCACAAAUACCCGAAAGUAUUGGACCGCAUACUAGCCCCAUGGAUCCAAUCAAGCUUCCCUACACUAUUCGCGUCGACGAAGACUUUCACAAGGAUCCCAGCCCCACCAUCUAUGACAUCCAGGUGGCGGUUGAGGACCCUCUGCGUCAGAAGAUGAUGGCUCUCACUCAAAACCCGCAGUACACUGCCGGCAUGCGCCAGAUUGCCUCUUUGGAUGAUCAAGUUGCACUCAUUGUUCAAGCACUCACCCAUUCUCGUGCCCGCCACUCUUUUUACACUGCCCUCAGCAAGGACCCUGCCACCUUCUUGCGUCGCUGGGUUAACUCACAGCGUCGGGAUCUCGAGACAAUUCUUGGCGAUGCUGGAGGUGUUGGCGAUGGAAGUGGGCCUGAGUUCCGCCGUGGAGGCUCCGAGGGUGCCUGGGAAACCCCUGUGGCAAAGGAGGCAGUCCGGUAUCUGCUGGCGAAGCCUGAGGCUACAGUUGCUCGAUAA